AUGAAUCGAAAAGAUUUAUUAAAAUGUUUAAGUGAUAAACGUUCAAGAGCAAUUGUAUUUUACAAUGAGCUGAGAUUGAAUCGUUCGGUGCUCCUUGAUUCUCGCACCGAAACACAUGAAUUAUUCGUCGAAAUAUAUCACGAUAAGAGAUUAUUUCCCGAUCUCGAAGAUAUCAAAUAUGUUUUGGAAUAUACGAUACGAGAUCACCAAAAAGAAAUAUUUACAUUUCUUUUGAACCAGGGAUUGCCAAUGGACACGCUCAAGCUUUCACAUGGAAAAUCAACGGCUCAUCUUUUAGCGGAAAAUGAAUUUUUUGAAGGUCUCCAAUUGCUCAUAAGAUUCAGCUCUGAAAAUUAUUCUGACUCCUAUGGAUACUCAUAUUUUCAUGCGGCAUGUAUGAUUGGAAAAAUAUUUUUAGUAGAAAGAUAUAUUAGCGAAGGCCUAGACAUCAAUGGAAAUUCGUACAGAAUUCCACCUUUACAUAUAGCAGCAUGGUACAGGCAAUCGGAAGUGGUCGCGAUACUUUUAAAUUCGAGAUUCGACCCAAAUUUACGAGAUGACAGUUCAUUAACUCCUUUGCACAGAAUGUGUUUACGAACGACUUAUCCACUCAAGUACGACAAGAAUCUGGAAUACGACGAAACACGUGUUUCAAAGAUUGUCCAAUUGCUCAUUGAGCAUGGUGCCGAUAUUGAGUCAAAAAAUGGUCAAGGCUAUACGCCGUUGCAGAUGGCAGUGUCACGCUUUAGUUAUGAACUCACCAAGGCUCUUUUAGAUAAUGGAGCCAAGAUAGACAGUUUGGAUGACAGCAACAUUUUUUCGAUGGACUUUCGUGACUUUGAAGUGAAAUACUCAGCGCUUACCAUGGAUAUCAUUGCAGUUGUUGAACUUUUAGAAUCUAAAGGCUACGUCAUGAACGAUAAUCGAGUAUCCGCAAUGCUCUCUCUGUGGAUCCAAUGUCACAAAGAUGUUGAUUAUCCAGCAUUAUUCGAUAUAAUCAGUGGAUUGGCAUCAGAAUCGGAUGAUUUUAUGAUCGAUUAUUUAAACACUUCCGAAAGAGGUGAAUUGUACGUAAAAGAAAAAAGAAAAAAUUACCUCUUAAGCAAGGUAUUUGAUUUGAGAGGGGUAGUAAAUAACAUGGAGUGUACGAGUUGUAAAAUUGUCAAGUACUUCGAUGAAGUAGAGGCUCUCAAAACAAAAAUGUUAAACGAUAAGAAAGUUCUAACAAGGGCCUAA